AUGGUCAUACUCUACAACACAAAAUACAAGCAAUAGAUAAAAAAAGACUAUAAGAUCUAAUACCAACAUCUUGGAAAAAGAAAACAAAGAACUUAAUUUAGCAAAUGCAUGAUGAUAGCACUAAAAAUAUUCUAUUUAGUAUGGACAUCUUUAGUUCUCUCUAUGCUGAUAAUAAGAAUACUAAAUUUAUCUUUAAGGAAUGAUGAUGUUAAUUUGACAUCAUUUCCUAGUCAAUGUGGGUCUUGGGCUUAUAGCAAUGGAUGUACCAGGAUCGUAAAAAAUGGAACAUAAUGUGUUAGAUAAGGAACCAUUCCAAAUUCAUAUCCCUAUUAAUUCUAGCUAUCGUAUGUUGAUUAAGACGAUGGGACUACAAUGAAUACUACAGAUAUUGUGUAAAUAUGCUCAUCUCAAAUUGGAUUCAGCAAGCAAGUUUAUCCUACAGAUGAUAUAGAUGAAAGCUAAUCAAGAAUAUUUAUGCAUCUUUUCAUUGAGACACCCUUCUUUGGAUUCAUCAAUGACUUUUACAUUGAAUUUGUGCAGCAGUUCUAUGUAUCGAACUCUUAUGUUUAAGUAUAGUCUUAAUCAAGGUUAUCUGGAAACGAUUUGAUGCAAAAUUAUAACUAUGUCGAAACCUUUUUCAAAUGUCUAAAAACAAUGACCGAUGAAUAACCAAUCGUCAAAUCAUGCUCUUGA